CAUUGCCUGGGCUAUGCUGACAGACGACUUUUUCCUCAGUUGUCAGUUUUCUUGUCUGUCAGCAGAGCUGCUGGUAAGUGGAAGAAAACAAGGGAGGGGACAAGAAUGAAAUGAAAGAGAAGGACAGGGAGGACCGGCACUGGAGGGAAUGAGGGCUGCCUUUCACAGCACGGUGGAGUGAGGACACACAGGGUCCAGCGAAUAGGGAAGCAGAGAAUCGGGAACUGUACAACUGCCAAUACUCCCCAGUCUUUCAUCAGACAGCUCAAUUGUCAGCAAGGAUUCCUCCGCCCCUCCUUGAUAAGAUUGUUCAGCUGGCAUUACUGAUUGUAUCCUUGGCUUAUUGUAAAAAAUCUGUGAUGGCUUUCAAUCUGGAGAUCAGCCUCUAAUCCCCUCCAUCAGACUCAGGACCAUGGCAUGUUGCCACAGCUACUCUCAGUGUACACCUGGAGUUCUUGCUGUCUACACACACUUCCUCUAAUCGAAGGGAGAAGUGUAUGUGUGUGUGGGGGAAGUGUUUGUAAAAAUGCUUGCUGCUCCUGGUCAGUGUUAAAGGUGGAGUGUGUGCAUGUGUCGGGGGUGGUGUCCAUACUCUCUGAGCUUUAACCAAAGUGAUAACUUACAGCUAUGGAGUCACCAACUAAGGAAAUUGAAGAAUUUGAGAGUAACUCUCUGAAAUAUCUACAGCCGGAACAAAUCGAGAAAAUCUGGCUUCGUCUGCGAGGAUUGAGAAAAUACAAGAAAACAUCACAGAGGUUGCGGUCUUUGGUAAAGCAAUUAGAGAGAGGAGAGGCUUCGGUUGUAGACCUAAAAAAGAAUUUGGAAUAUGCAGCUACCGUUCUGGAAUCAGUGUACAUUGAUGAAACUAGGCGUUUAUUGGACACAGAAGAUGAGCUCAGUGAUAUUCAGUCAGACUCCGUGCCCUCUGAGGUCCGGGAUUGGUUGGCCUCCACCUUCACGCGGCAGAUGGGGAUGAUGCUUAAAAGGACAGAGGAAAAGCCCCGGUUCAGGAGCAUUGUCCAUGCAGUGCAAGCUGGGAUAUUCGUGGAGAGAAUGUACAGACGGACAUCAAAUAUGGUUGGCCUGAGCUACCCACCAGCUGUAAUUGGAGUGCUAAAGAAUGUAGACAAAUGGUCCUUUGAUGUAUUUGCACUGAAUGAUGCUAGUGGGGAUCAUGCGCUGAAAUUCAUUUUCUAUGAACUUCUCACACGCUACGAUCUGAUCAGCCGUUUCAAGAUUCCCAUUUCUGCUCUUGUCUCCUUUGUGGAAGCACUGGAAGUUGGAUACAGCAAACAUAAAAAUCCUUAUCACAAUCUAAUGCACGCAGCAGAUGUUACACAGACUGUACAUUAUCUCCUUUUUAAGACAGGUGUAGCGCACUGGCUGACAGAGCUGGAGAUCUUUGCUAUGAUCUUCGCAGCUGCCGUCCAUGACUAUGAACACACUGGAACCACCAACAACUUUCACAUUCAGACACGGUCGGAUUCAGCCAUUCUGUACAAUGACCGAUCUGUGCUCGAAAAUCACCAUGUUAGUGCAGCCUAUCGCCUUUUGCAAGAUGACGAGGAGAUGAACAUUUUGUCUAACCUCUCAAAGGAUGAUUGGAGGGAAUUCAGGGCCUUGGUGAUAGAGAUGGUGUUGGCCACUGAUAUGUCCUGUCACUUCCAGCAAAUCAAAGCCAUGAAGAAUGCUUUGCAGCAGCCAGAAGGAAUCGACAAGCCGAAAGCCUUAUCACUGUUGUUGCAUACAGCAGACAUCAGUCAUCCAGCCAAGGCCUGGGACCUUCAUCAUCGCUGGACCAUGUCCUUGCUAGAGGAGUUCUUCAGACAGGGUGACAAAGAAGCAGAACUAGGGCUUCCUUUCUCCCCACUGUGUGACCGCAAGUCUACUAUGGUAGCUCAGUCUCAGAUAGGUUUUAUUGAUUUCAUUGUGGAGCCCACUUUUACUGUGCUGACAGACAUGACAGAGAAGAUUGUAACACCACUCAUUGAUGAAGCCUCCCGCUCUGGCAUGACUGGAUUUAGACGUUCCAGUUUGAAUAGCAUUAGCCCCUCAGAAGUUAAAAGAUCAAGUGUCAAGAGCACUGGGUCAGAAGGAAGUGCCUCACUCAACUGUUCAAUACUCACUGUGGACUUCAAAUGUUUUAAAGCCACCUGGACCGAGGUGGUGCAGCAGAACCGGGAGAAAUGGAAAGCAAAAGCAACCAAAGAAGAAAAAGCUAAGAAAGAAGCAGAGGAAAAUGCUCAUCAGGGAACAGACGAAAAGAAAACAGAAGAAAAAGAGGAGAAAAAGCCAGCCGAGGAUACCAUGACAGCCAAGUCAGAAAACAGCAAAGAACCAAAUCCUGGGGAAAGUAAGAGCACAGAAUCUAGCAAGGAUCAUGUAAAUGGGACUCAGCAAAGUGGUGUGAACAAACUUGAAGCCUCUCCAGGGAAAAACGAGUCUAGAGCGGACAAGGACAGUGAGUCUCACCAAGCGACAGGAAAGGAGAAACAGCAUGUCCAAAAUGGUGAAUUGAAGGAUGAUGAUAACAAGUCAGACAAGAAAGAUCAGUCUAGUAUGGGAAAUGAAUCAAAGAAAUCAGAUGAUACAGAAGAGUAAAAAAAAAUAUAUAUUAAAAAAGAGACUGCAAAUUUCUUUCAUCAUUUUAGCUGAGCUUCUUCAUUCCUCUCCUCCUCCUCCUCCUUCCGCAAAGACCAGUUUCUGGGGAAGGCGUUACACAGCUUUCAAAACAAUCCUCCUCCCACUGGCUACUUCACAGUUAAUGACUCUGGGGUUUGGGUGUGUGUGUUCACUUUUUUCCCAGUGUGUGUGUAGUUUCUUUUUUAAAAUUCUCUGGGGUUUUUUGUUAACAAAAUUCCACUUUCUGGACAGGCAAAGCAAAUAAAUGAGGAUUCUCCUCAGAAGCCAUUGCUUCCCUAGGCUAAAGCCCUAGCUUGUGAAAGACACGCUAGGGUGGUGAAACAGAAAAUUGGAAUGUGUGGAAAGGGGCUUCAAAUUACUCUGCCUUUGUAUUAUUGUUUCCAUCUGGUAGGCAGAGACUUUGAUACCAGUUUUAGCAUCAAUUCACAGGAUUUUGUUCAUGAAGGUGGUGAACUGUUAAAUUCAUAAAUUUCUCACUAGGACUUAGUACUGUUACACAGCUUUUUCCAGCACUCUCUGAUGGAUUUGCCUGUGGGCAAAUUCAUUUAAUCUUUGAUUUAUUUUGUGUACUUUUCUUAUUUUGUUUUAGUAGUGACUCACAAAUAGGGUGUUUGCUCAGGGCUGUUGCCCACUAAAAUUCUGAGGAAUGUACUCUUUGUGUUGUCUUCCAUAACUAGUCAUUACAAUUAAUCUAUUUCUCACAUCUGUUUCUUAGAUACCUGUAACCACUGUUUAUGUGACCUAGAAGUACUGAGAGAAGGCAGGCAUUAGGAAGUCAGAUGGAUCAAUUCCUCCUUUCAUCUUAGUGUGACAUUUCUUUAAUCAAUGAUUGAAUGGAUGGGUCAAAGGAAAAGGAAAAAUUUAGUUGGAAAAGUACAGGCAGACAAAGAAAGAUACACCACUGGAGUGAAGUAGGCACAUAAACUUUAAAGGUGAAAUGUUCAAAACUAACUCAGGCCCUGAUUCAGGAAAGUGUUGCUGUUCAUGAAAGCAUUAAACGUGCUUAAAUGCUGUCCUGGAUUAGGGCCUCAAGAUGGAUCCAGUUCAAUAUAACUUGAUUUCACCUGUCCAUGUGAAAUUCAACACACACAGUUGGUUUUUCAUUGUUUUAGUCAGUGUAUAGUUUUGCCCUGUUCACAUGCAUAUUUUACUAUGAGUUAGACUCCUUUCAUGCUCCUCUAGAGAAUGUGGAAAACAUUGGCCUCAGGAGGAAAAUAAACCCCAUCUGUAUUCCAUUUCCAUGUUCAAAGCACAAAACUUUGUUCUACCACCAGCCUAUAUUAGAUAAAAGACCCACAGCUCCUGUUCAAAAUGCAUAUGAACAGGGAUGAGCAUGUUUAAGAUGGCAGUAGGAAAUACUGCCAUACCUGUAUUAGCCUCACCUGCCACUAGCAGCAAUGGGGCUAAUCCAAGUUCAGAUUUUGAACAUGAACAUCCCAUAGCUCAGGAAUGUUUGUAUCCAGGAGUUUGGUUCAACCCACUCCGCAAAAUUCAGAUUCCCAUCUGAGUUUUUACUUCAGACACCAACCUUUGAGUUUGUUCAGAUAUAGGGGUUUAGUUGGGGUCCGUCUCAUGCUUAGUAAAAUAUUUUCCCUUAGAAGAAAUAUAAAAGUAACUGCUUUUAGCAUACAGUAUAUUGUAAAUUCUCCAGCUGUCUUCUCUAUAUUGGUUCCUUUAAAGAAAGUAAAGGAACACACAAUAUUCUAAUUCCUUAGAACUGCUUCAGUAACUGCUCCACACCCAGAACCCCCAUCAGCUUCAAUGGAAGUUCCACACACAUAGCACCUGUAGAAUUUGGCCCGUAGGCCCAGAUGCACAAAGGUACUAAAGCUCCUAACUUUCAUUAAAAUCAGUGGACGUUAGCAGCCUAAAUACCUUUGUGGAUCGGUGUCUUAGUCUUUAUGGGGACAUUGACAAGAUAUAAAUAAUACUGCAUUGCUGACCCAGUCCUUACUCCCACUGGGGUUUAGCUUGAAUACGGUCUGAGCCAGCACAUAUUUAAAAAAAAAAAUUAUCCCUACCUAGUUUACAGUGACUAGAAAUUCUUUAGACUAUUAAAACUGAAAUAAUUUUAAAAAUAAAAUUGAUCUUCAGCUCUUUGAUGUAUUUUUGACAACACACUCUGCUUGGACAGUGAAACGAAACUACGGUCAGCCAUUUCUUGGUUCUCACGCACGAGCACUUUAGCGCAACUUCAGGCUGGAGGUUUAAUGGUGAGAGUGACAAACUACCCAGGGAAGUGAUGGAUUCUCCAUUUCUUGAGGUUUUGAGAUGAAAACUGGAUGCCUUUCUGAAAGAUAUGCUUUAGUCAUACACCAGUGUAUGUUCAAUGUACAGAUAACUGGGUGAAACCGAAUGGCCUGUGAUAAACAGGAGGUCAGAAUAGAUGUUCUAAUGGUCCCUUCUGGCCUUAUAAUCCACUAAUAUAGAGCAGCAGUAUGUUAACAUUUAAAAAUAUUUUUGACAUUUUAAAAAAGUCAUUAAAUCACUUCUAGACGACUCCAUGGCCUUUUUUAAAAAACAAAAAACCCUGAAAUGUAGAUGUUGAAAGACUGCAAAGAGAGUGGUGUAGAUGGAAGAAUCUACCCCUGUGGUUCUCUUUGCAGGUUCAGGUCCUAAACUACUACAGGAACCCCUCACUUAAAGUCGUCCCAGGUAAUGUUGUCACGUUGCUGAUCAGUUAGGGAACAUGCUCAUUUAAAGUUGUGCAAUGCUCCCUUCUAACAUCUUUUGGCAGCUGCCAGCUUUGUCCACUACUUGCAGGAAGAGCAACCCGUUGCAGCUAGCUGGUGGGUGGCUGGAACCAGGGUGGACCGGCAGCUCCUCCAUCAGCUCCCCGCUCCCCUAAGUUCCCUGUGCAGCAGCUGCUCAGCAGGCUACCAAUUGCCAGCUGUUCAGCUGUCCCUCCCACCACUGCUGUCUGCUGCUCCUGCCCUCUGCCUUUGAGCUGCUCCCCGAGACUCCUGCUUGCUGGGGGGAGGGGAAGAAGAGGGGGGCUAAUGUCAGGGUGUCCCCCUCCCCCCUGCUCCUGCAGCCCGCUUUCCCCAUCUUCUAUAGAGCAGGGGGGGACACAGACAGAGGGAGCUGCAGUCUGCUCUCAGCUUGCUGAUCUAAUUAACAAGGCAGUGUACUUCUGACCCCACUCUUCAUACUUAAAGGGGAAAUGUGCAUCUCUGUCUCUCAAACACACAUACACACAGGUUGUGUCGCUGUCUGCCCUCCCUCCUUUCCUGCUGCCUUGUAGAGUGUGAGAGUUAACCCUUGAGUUAAUUGGGCUCAGCCAAUUGCUAGUUCAUCAUUUAGCAGUAAAGCAUUCCCUGGGAAAUAUCCCACCCUCUGACUCCUCCACCUCAACCAAGCUUCACAAUCAUCAUCACUGUGUACCAGUAUUAAAUUGUUUGUUUAAAACUUAUAGGUAGUGUGUGUGUGUAUAUAUAUAUAUGCGUGUGUGUGUGUGUGUAUAUAUAGUCUUUUGUCUGGUGAAAAAAAUUUCCCUGGAACCUAACCCCCUCAUUUACAUGAUUUCUUAUGGGGAAAUUGGAUUCGCUUGACAUUGUUUCGCUUAAAGUCGCAUUUUUCAGGAACAUAACGACAACGUUAAGCGAGGCGUUCCUGUACACUCGAUGGUAUCUCUCAAAUUAACCAUCUCCCUGAAGUGCUUAAUAGUGUUGUGCUAGCACUUUGAGAACCAAGAAGUGAUGUCUCUAAACAUCUCCCAGGGGAACCAGAGAGCCGCUAUGGUGUGCUUAUAUAACAAACUUGCAGAACUGUCUCCUAUUCUGUUUCACAAAAGUUGUCUGUGAGUGCAUGAAACUGAAUGAAUGGCUCUUUACACAAUUCAGUUCAAUUAAAUACAUGUCCUCAGUGAGUAAAACAUGAUGAUAAAUAUCUGUUCUUAAUUAGUUAUCUUCCAUUCAGCUUCUCCCUUUGUGUGAGGGAAACAAAGCUGUAGAUGCCUUACUUUCUGCUUGUCUGUUUAGAAGAGACAAAGAGGAAGCUACAAAUAUUGAAAAUACGAGGCCCGUGCUGCAGGCCUGAGUCACUUCAGUGGGAGUCACAUGCAUGUAAGCACAACCGUGGGGGAUGGAUGGGGAGGUUACGGCUUGAGACCUGGAUUUGGAAGUCAACCUGUGCACUAAAAUGACCCACUUCAACCUUUCGGAUGAGAGUGCUGGUCAGAUCUCUCACAGAGUACCACCUUGCUGGAUGACCAGACCAAAAACUGUCUCCUAAUCUGUGAAAGUGAAUCUAGGCAGCUUACAUCCUAUAAGUAGGGAGAGAUUUCCUUGGGGGCCCCUGCUAGCUUGUCCGUAUGUAGACUUUUUGAAGGGACUGGGUCUUCAGCAAACUGGCGUAACUCCGUCCACAUAAUUACGUGCUGCGUGCGCUUCUGCCUACCAAAGGCCUGAGCUGCCCCUUGAGGAACGUUGGCAGAUUUUAUUUUCAAGUCACAAUUUACUUUUUUUUUUUUUUUAAAGUGUAAAUAUUCCCAAUUCUGUUCUCCAGCCAUGAUUUAGUUGAUGAGGAAACUGGACCUGUCUCUGACAAUGUGCACAGAUAAUUCGGAGUAGGCAGGGUCAGCUGUCAAAACAAACAAUUUUGAUGCAGCAUUUAAAAGCACAGGGUCGAAUGCUUAUAUCCACUACUUGACCAGCUUUAAACGUGAACUGCACAGCUUAAGGACGAGAGCUCCGUUUUUUCUGCUUUUUCCUUAUAAAUAAUGCCUUUUGGUGUUAAUGACGUUAUCCACAGUCUCAAGAGAAACCGAGAUGCCUGGCUCCGGGGCUUGGUGCGUAAAAACUCUUGCAAUUUCAGAUUUUAAAAUAUUUUAGACUAGUCGCAGUUUCAACACUGUCUCUUUAUUUAAAGAGGCAUCAUUUUACGUUGGCAUUUUACGUUUAGGUGCUAGUGCUGUUCUGUACUAUAGCAGGGGAAACCCAAGAUGUUAUUUUUAAUUGUUCUGUUUUCAAUACCCAUUGAUUUGUAGCUGGGAGUGAAUUUUCAAAGGUGCCUCAGUGCAGCCUCUUUUGUGCUUGUGGAGAAAAAAACUGACAUGCAAUUUUUGAAAAAGGCCACCUGAACAUACAAACACUAGAAUUUACACAUGCAAAGCUUGUUUGUGCUCAGUUUGUGUGCAAAUGAGGUUUGGAAUGGGUAGGUUUUAUUAUUUGUGCGUACAAUUGAUCAUGGUCAAAUUCUGUAUGAAGAAAGUUGCAUGAAAAUCAUUUGCAAAGACUUUAAAUUUUAGCUCAUGGAGUGUACACACAUAUUCUACAACUGAUUUCAGAUCUGCUUUUUAAUUAAAAAAAAAAAUUGGUAUACCUUAAACACUGAUAGAAACUGAAUGAGAAAGUUCCCGCCCGGCUAAGGGCCACAGCCUCAACUGGGGAAAAUCAGUGCAUCUUCAUGGAGUGAGAUUUCCCUAAAUAUCUAAUUAUUUGGCCCUGUUCUCGUCACACUUGCAUGAGUUUCAUACUGGUGUAACUCCUACAACUUCAGUGGUGUUUCUCCUGAUUAUCACCAAUGUCUGAACGACAGGAGUGUCAGGUCCAUUUAUUUAUUUUAUUUUUAUCCACCACUUCAUCAUCAAAUAAGCAAACACAAAACAAUGGCCCUCUAUUUUCCAUCUGCAUACCCAAUACCAGUCCUCAGCUGUGCAUGUGAGAUUUUUGAAUAAUGAAGCGUGGGAGAGGGGGCCCAAAUGAGAGAA